GGGGUGAAGGUUGGGAUGGGAGAAGGUGGUUGUAAUUUGUGGGUUGUGGAGGUUGAGUCAGAUAUGCAGAGGAGGAGGUUGGGAUGUGGACACCGUUUGUGGGUGGUGUUGAAGGUUUAGGAGGAAGGGGAAAUGGCUGGCAUGUGGGAUGGGGUUGAUGUGGUGAGGGUUCAGACUGAGGAGGGUAUUGCUGAUGAGGACGUUUGGGGCAGAAUUUUAGAGGCAGCUCCUGUGACUCCAGCAUUGGUCUCGUCAGCAGGCAUAGAAACAGCGUGAAUGUGAGGGGCCUUGAGUUCGGGGACGGACUGAGCUGGAGCAAAGGAGCAGGUAGACCCCUCACCCACCCCUCUGGUGAUGGACGAGCUGGCCCAUGACCUGGCGUCUGCACUGGACGAAACAUCUGAGCAGAACCGCCUGGACGAGGAGGGGUGGGAGGGGCCAUGCCCCAGCCCCCGCCAGCCCCAGCGACGGCAGGCCCGCAAGCGGCGGGGCCGAAAGCGGCGCUCCGUCUCGAACCGGCCACUCGACUACGGCCGCUGUUUUAGCGAGGCAUCUGGCUCCAGCCAGGAGGAGGCAGCAGCUGGGGGGGGCGCUGCGGCGGGAGCUGCCAGCGACUCGGAUGACGACAGGGCGGUCGUUCAGCGCCUCUCCUCCCUCAAUGUGACGCUGAAGGGCAGGCAAUCAGCCUGGGGUGAGGGCGACGGUCCGGUGGAGGGAGGUCAGGGCCCAGGCCAGGGCCGCAGGAGACGCCGAGCCAAGCCCCCUGCCGAUGUCACCUCCUCCCUGCAGAAGAAACUGAAGGUGUCUGAGCCAGCGGCCCCUCCCUGCCCCUGGAGCCCUUCCGGGCCUUGCCAACACAAGAAGCAGCGGCUGCCUGAGGGAGUGGGCAGCCAGCGCAGCUCCCGGUCACUGGCCACCCCCGGUGAAGGCAUGGACUGCAGCCAGGAACACAAGGCAUCCGACGAAAACAUGACUGACAGUGACGCCAGCAGUGUGUGCAGCAGUGACGGACUCUUCACCAACGACGAGGGACGACAAGGUGACGACGAGCAGAGCGACUGGUUCUACGAGGGAGACUGCGAGCAGGGUUUCCGCGUGCCCAAGCUCCUGCCGCACUGGGAUGGCCUGAAGGCUCCAUUGACCGACGGGGACCAGGGGGUGGGUACAUACCCCUCUCCCCCCUUUCUCCUGCCCACACGGCCCGCACAGAGAGGCUACCACGCCCGGCUCAACCGUUUUCCCGGGAUCGCCGCGCGCUGCAUCCGGAAAGGUCGUCGGAGGCUGGUGGGAAAGGAGGGGCCGGUGGGAGUCGUCCCCAGCGAGAGGGUGAAUCACUUUGGGCAGGACCCCUACCGCAGGGAGCUACGCCGGGACGUGUGUGUGAGGGGUCAGUACCGCGAGUGGAGCAUGUUGAGCCCCCUUCAGCCCCUGCGCCUCGGGUUUAACCCUUUGAUGCCCCUGUGCCCACUGGCGGUGCUGACUGAUGGCUCCCACAGGAAGUGCUCCAACCUGCAGACCAAGGCACGGCAGACGAGUGUCCACCUGGGCUCUCUGUGUACCGGUGACGUGAAGCGUCGACGGAAAACAGCAACCACGUCCAGUCCUAGUGCAGCCACCUCGUGUCCCCACGGUGAGGGUGAAGGGGGCAGCCCAGAGGAGGCUGGGAACAAGGUGUCUGCCUGCAUGGAGUGGGCUGAGGGCGAAACCAGGGCUGGACCAGGAGCCGAGAGCCCAGGCGCUGGCAAAUGUGUGAAUUCCUUGGUGUCUCUGCCCCCUGUGGUGUCUGCCCAGCUGUGAUGAGACGGCCGGACCUCAGCCCAGCGACCUCUGGCAGAGUCAGUGAGGAAGUGAAUUGCCCUGUCUCUGGUCCCCACAUGCUGAUUGCUGCCUAGCUGACGGACACACAGACUCCGUAAAGACAGAGACAUGCCUGCUCCAUCCUCUGGGAGCCCUGGUCCAGUCAGGAUCCCAUUUGAAGGCUCAGUUAGCUCAGUGUUACAUCAUGUACUCUGGCAAGACACUGACUAUUAUACCUAAUAACGCAUGUUGUGCGACAAACAGCACACGUUAUACCCAGCCGUGCACUGGUGACAUAACAUACUGGAGGGUUCUACCAGCAAUCUAGGUUGUAUUAUAAAAUAUAAUACAUAGAGGGUGUUGUAGUGCACCCAGGAAGUUACACCCACUCAUGUGGUUGUCACAUACAUCACAAGGAUUUUAGACCCAUUAUUAAUAUAAAUGUACUGAUGUUCUCAACUCAAUCUGUUGCAAGUGUGUGGUGAAUAUCUCAAUUCAGAUGUUCUACAUCCCACUGUUUCAGUGUGAAAUCUGUACGCUAUUUGUACUGUGUUUUAUUGUUUGUUCUAUUCCUCUGACUUGCAAUAUUACCUGUCCCUCCAAAAUUUCUUGGUGCUUUCUGGAAGGCAGUCGAGGUGCCAUUUGUUCCACGGUCUCUGGAAUUUCUAAUGUCCUGAGUAACAUUUUAGAAAGAAAAUUUUAAAUUAAAGUAUUUUGAUAUUUCCCGA